AUGAGCACUCUUACAAGUGAGGGGUUGGGGGCCCUCCUUUCAACAACCAGCGCGGGCCCCUUGCCAACCGGAUAUGCCAACAGCGCCCAGUCCCUCUCCACGUUUGAUACUGCCUACAUCUUUGACCGUCUUGGUCCGCAAAGUGUAUUGGUGGAGUUCUCAUCACCCAACAUAGCCAAGGAACUCCACGCCGGUCACCAGCGUAGCCCCAUCAUCGGCGCGUACAUGUCCGACCUCUACGAGGCCAUGGGUUGGGGCGUCGUCAAGAUCAACCACCUGGGCGACUGGGGCCAGCAGUUCAGCCUGCUGGCCGUGGGGUGGGAGCGCUUCGGCUCCGAGGAGAAGUUGGCUCGCGAGGCCCUGACGCACCAGCUGUCAUCUUGCUACGAUGUGCUUCAGGUUGUCGGGGCUGAGAAGGCAGAAGGUUGCGAGGUCAUGCUUGCCCGGGCUGCGCUGUACGAGGGCGCGAGGCGGGUUUUAGGCAACGGCACGACGCUGCUGGGAUUCGCGCCUAUCGGAUGA